GUAUCUGUAUCUGUGGUUAGGAUAUUUGGAUUUGUGUUUUUGUGUUGUUUAUCUGGUGAUACAGGCGAAUUUUCAUAUUUUCAAAGAAAAUCAGCAGUGGAAUUUUGAGCAACUAUUCAUGAUUUAGGAGAAUUUUAUAUUUUCGAUUAGAAUGUCCAAGAAUAAGUUGAAUUUAACACUUCCACCGGGCUCUAUUGAUCAAUCGCCCACGGUUACUACUACAAAUGCUCCAUUUAAUGAAACAAAUCAAAGUAACAAUUUUGUGAGAGGCUCUACCAUUGAUCACCUGACAGCUAGGCUCGAAGAACUCGAUAUGGAUGAUAUACAACGAAGACGAAUAGAGUCAUUCCUGUUUCAAAAAGAAAAGCUAGGUGUGGAUUUGGUAGAUGAUGAUUUUGAAAAUCUUGGUGAAUUAGGAUCUGGUAAUGGAGGUGUUGUCACUAAGGUUUGUCAUAAAAGUAGCGGCUUAAUCAUGGCCAGAAAAUUAAUCCAUCUCGAAGUUAAACCUGCGAUAAAGAAACAAAUCAUCAGGGAAUUGAAGGUGUUACAUGAAUGCAAUUUUGCACAUAUAGUUGGAUUUUACGGUGCUUUCUACAUUGAUGGUGAAAUCAGUAUAUGUAUGGAAUAUAUGGAUGCUGGAUCCUUAGAUUUGAUUUUGAAGAAAGCAGGAAGAAUUCCUGAGAAUAUCUUAGGAAAAAUUACUGUUGCUGUCUUGAAAGGGUUGAGUUAUUUGAGAGACAAACAUUCUAUUAUGCAUAGAGAUGUAAAACCUAGUAACAUUUUAGUUAACAGUAGCGGUGAAAUCAAAAUUUGUGAUUUUGGGGUAUCAGGACAACUUAUUGAUUCCAUGGCAAAUUCUUUUGUUGGUACAAGAAGUUAUAUGUCUCCUGAAAGACUGCAAGGGACUCAUUACUCGGUACAAAGUGAUAUCUGGUCUCUGGGCCUCUCCUUAGUUGAGAUGGCUAUCGGUAUGUACCCAAUUCCACCACCAGAUGCCAAAACCUUAGCUAAUAUUUUCGGACAAGGCAAUGAAAAUGAUUCACCAGACCACUCAAAACCUCCAAGGCCAAUGGCUAUAUUUGAGCUUCUUGAUUACAUAGUGAAUGAACAACCACCAAAAUUACCUGCUGGUAUAUUUAGUAAUGAAUUCAAAGAUUUCGUAGACAGGUGUUUAAGAAAGAAUCCAGAGGAAAGAGCAGAUCUGAAAACAUUAAUGAAUCAUGAGUGGAUAAAGAGGGCCGAAUCAGAAAAUGUAGACAUAGCAGGCUGGGUGUGCAAAACAAUGGAAAUUACUCCGCCCAACACUUCAAAUCGAAUAUGAUUUGAUAUAUUUAAUACUUCAGAAAUUUUUGUACUGCCAUUAUUACUUUGUUUCGUGUUGUAAAAAUUUACAUAUAUAUUGUAUUGAAUAUUGAAAAACUUUAGAUAUUGUUAAUGCAAUAGAAUGGAUGUAACUAAUUUUAAUCUGUUCGUUGUGAAUACUUUUAUUGCGAUUUGAAAUUGGAACUUAACUUUAUCGAAUUCUACAAGAAUUCAUUUGUUCAAAAUUCUCAAAAAUAUAUCUGUUUUCAUUGAAUAGUAAACAAAUCAACCUAUCA